CUUGUUUGUUUCCCGGAUUCAAAACUACUUCUGCAGUUUCUGUUUUUGAAACGUUUUUUGUUUUUUUUUGUCAUUUGAUAAAUGUGUAACAAAUCACGUGUUUAUGUAGAUAUCAACAUCAUGUGAUUUGAAACAGCUCCCAUAUGAUUACUGUGAAUAACGGACAGCAGAAGCACAAUGUAUCAGUGGAGCGUUUUCCCCCUUUAUUUACUCUUGAUUGGCCGCUGUGUUGGUCAAUACCAGCCUACGUGGGAAUCCAUUGAUUCAAGACCUCUACCGGAAUGGUUCGAUCAAGCCAAAUUCGGCAUAUUCAUUCACUGGGGAGUGUUUUCAGUUCCCAGCUAUGGCAGUGAAUGGUUCUGGUGGUACUGGCAGGGCCAGAAACUCCCAUCUUAUGUGAAGUUUGUGGAGAAGAAUUACCCACCCGGCUUCACCUACGCAGAUUUUGCUCCUCAGUUCCGGGCUGAAUUCUUUGAUCCUAAAGAGUGGGUCGAUAUUUUUGCCUCGUCUGGAGCCAAGUAUAUUGUCCUCACAACCAAACAUCAUGAAGGUUUUACACUAUGGGGCUCGAAGUACUCGUGGAUGUGGAACGCAGUGGAUGUCGGGCCGAAGCGGGAUCUGGUGGAUGAGAUCGCCACGGCUCUGCGGGCACACAGUGAUUUGCGUCUGGGUCUCUACCACUCUUUAUUUGAGUGGUUUAACCCUCUCUACAGAGCAGAUGCUGACAACCACUUCAAAACCAAUGUGUUUCCUACAACAAAGACCCUGCCUGAGCUAUACGAGAUCGUCAACAAGUACAAGCCUGAGGUGCUGUGGUCUGAUGGUGAUGGAGAUGCACCUGACUCUUACUGGAACAGCACAGGCUUCCUCGCCUGGCUUUAUAACCAGAGCCCUGUGCGUAACACUGUUGUGACCAAUGACCGCUGGGGAUAUGGCACUAUAUGUAACCAUGGUGGAUAUUACACCUGCUCAGAUCGCUACAACCCCGGACACCUGCUGAAACACAAGUGGGAGAACUGCAUGACCAUUGACCAGAAGUCAUGGGGCUACAGGAGAGAUGCCAAACUCAGCGAUUACCUCACUAUUGAACAGCUGAUAGCAUCUCUUGUUGAGACCGUGUCCUGCGGGGGGAAUAUGCUGUUGAACGUGGGUCCCACACACGACGGUCGCAUCGUGCCCAUCUUUGAGGAGCGUCUGCGACAGAUGGGCCAGUGGCUCAAGGUGAAUGGAGAGGCCAUUUACAACAGCAGCGCAUGGAGAGUUCAGAACGACACGGUCACUCCUGGAGUCUGGUAUACGUGGAAUCAGAAGAACGCAAUCUAUGCUAUUUUCCUUUCAUGGCCCACUGAUGGCUAUAUUGUUCUAAGCGACCCAGUUGUAUCAUCAUCCAAGAUGCAGGUGGUGCUGCUUGGAUAUCAGUCCCUCUUGUGGGAGUCCAUGAAACCCACUGGUCUAAAGGUUCAUCUGCCCCAACUGGCCCCCGGCCAGAUGCCUUGCUCCUGGGCUUGGACCCUGCGACUGACUGGUGCGGUGUAGCCAGAGGAUGGCGCCACAGUUAGCUGCUGCCUUUAGAAAUAAUGAAGUAUUUCAUGAUUGAAGGCACUAUGGGGUUUUUAUCCACACAUUUUACAUUUAAAGACACCCUAUGGUGACAAUCAAGUUUUUAACUUUGUUUACAUGUCUGUCUGGUGUUUUUCAUAUGCUUAAAGACAAACCAUGUGCAAAUUCAUCAGUCAACAACAUUACUAAGCAUUUUCUCCUUAAAACGUUGGUGUACCAAAGACAGUCUCAAAAAUGCGGUUUGAAAGCACCAUUGUUUCCUACUGUCACAAACAUGUAACCAAUCACCUCAUUAUAACAAAGAAAAUAGUAGAUGCGAUGUAAAUAAGAGAUUAAUUGUGCAGUGUAGAGCUUCAUUGAUUAUAAAUGAGUUUUGUGAGAUUGCGAUGAACUUAGAUGAGUGACACCUUUUUAGUGAUUAUAAGGGGACCGCUCUUUGCGUGCUUUACAUCUACAUUAUAUUUACGUUUAUUCAUUUAGCAGAUGCUUUUAUCCAAAUCGACUUACAAUUGAGGAAUACAACAAUUGAUUUAUUAGAAAGAGGCAAAUAAGCAAAGGAAGUGCUUGUAAUACAGAAUUUCAGACAUUGUUCAGAUUACUACAAGCUAGACAGGGAGGGAUUAAGGAACGUUUUUUUUUUUUUGGAUGCAGUCAAAUGAUAACGAAAGAGAUUAGUUUUCAGCUGUUGCUUGAAAAUGGUCAGGGUUUCAGCAUUCCGGAUAGGGGUGAGAAGAUCAUUCCACCAGCAAGGAACGGUGAAUGAAAAGGUUCUGGAAAGUGAUUUUGUGCCUCUCUGUGGUGGUACCACGAGGCAUUGCUCACUUGUAGAUCUCUGGAGGGGACGUAGAGGCAUAAGAGUGAGUGGAAGUAGGAGGGUGCUGAGGGUGCAUCAGCAUAGCAUGGUAGGAGAAAUCAUGUACCUGUAUGAUGGGUUCCAGUGAUGUAGUGUAUAUGGAGAAGAUGAGGGGUCCAAGAACUGAUCCCUGAGGAACCCCAGUGCCCAGUUGAUGUGCUUUGACACAGGCCACCCUGAGAGACCUACCUGUGAGAGAGGAUUCAAACCAGGGAAGUAAAAUCCCAGUGAUGAGAGGGUGGACAUGAUUCACAGUAUCAAAGGCAGCAGAUAGAUCCAGCAGAAUGAGAACUGAUGAUUUGCACUCAGCUUUCACCAUCCGCAAGGCCUCAGUGGCUGACAGUAAUGCAGUGUCAGUUGAAUGGCCACUUCUGAAACCUGAUUGGUUAAGGUCCAGUUGGUUAUUCUGUGAAAGAAAUAAUGAUAUCUGGUUGAAAGCUACUCAUUCAAGUGUUUUAGCUAUGAAUGGAAGGAGAGAGACAGGUCUGUAGCUUUCUACAAGUGCAGUGUUUAAUGUAGGUUUUUUAAGCAGUGGGGUUAUCGAGCCUGCUUGAAUGCAGUGGGGAAAAGGAGAUGUUGAUGAUAUGUGUAAGUGCUGGUAGAAGUGUAGGAGAGAUUGCUUGGAGAAGGUGUGCGGGGAUAGGGUCUAAAGGGCAUGCUGUAGGAUGGCUGGAGUGGAGAAAUGUAGAUACUUCUGCCUCAGUGAGGAGACAGAAGGAGAUGAGGAGAGUUUUAGCAGUGGAUGUGGUUGAUUUGAGUUCCUGUGUCUGUGGAGCUGACAACUGACUGAUGAUGGUUUUAGUUUUGUUGGUGAAGAUGGACCAAAAUCAUCAGCUGAGGUGGUGUAGGGGCACAGAGGAGAGAUUUGAAUGUUUUGAACAGAUUACGUGGAGCAGGUCCGAGCUGCUGUGAUUGAGUGGAGGCGGAGACUCGUUUGCAGAGUUUCAUUCAAGCCUUUUUAAGAUGUAAAGAAAUUAUUUUCUUUGAAAAAAACUUUAAAUUUGUCAUUUUGAUUGUCAGAGAUAAAAAGAAUGAAAAUAGUGACUGAAGAGAGACUUUAAAUAAUAAAGUUACCAAAAUAAUAUGUGUUUAAAAUUGACAUCUUUAUGAAUGAAUUCCAAUGUUUUACUGUUGCGUAGUGUCUCCUGGUAGGGACACAAACUGGAGAGGUGUGCUGCUACUUUGAUCAUAAAUGAUCAGAAUUGAAAGUUUUUGCCUGGCAGACAUUAAAACAACUGUAAAAAAAAAAAAAAAACAUUUGAACACCUCAUCAACCACAUGGCAGCACUCUGUUAACCACCUGCUAUCAUGAUGGUGACUUUUGCACAAGUAUAAUGUAUUGCACCUAUUGUUUGUUUGUUUUUUAUGCAGUUACAUUUGGAAUUUUUAAAUUAACACUUUUUUUUUUUUAGCAUUAAUGAUAUUUAUAAUCAAAAAUAUACUUGCAAAUAAAACACCUUAAACAUGCACUGUAUUAAAAAAAAUGAAAGGUCUUCAUGUGAAGCCAGAUGUAUUAAACUGAUAUUUUGUUUGUU